AUGGUCCGCAUGCAGGUCCAAGCCGAUACGCAACCAUCUGCCCAGUCGUCACCAUAUGUUGGGGGCAGGAAGGGCGACAAAUACCGGUUCACAGUCCUCGCCGACGGUGUGCUGCGAUAUGAAUGGGCCCCGGAUGGGCAGUUUGAAGACCGCCCGUCGGCAUUCGCUGUCCAUAGAGAGCCUCAGGGCGUGCUCUACUACCAGGUGCGAGAGUCGGAUGCCUGGCUGGAAGUCAUCACGGCUCGGUUUCACAUGACGUACAAUAAGCAGGAAUUCACACCGUAUGGCUUCUUCGCCGUCGUCUCUGGAUACACAGGUCAUACCUGGCGCUAUGGAGAACAAGGGCAGAAUCUCGGAGGCACCUGCAGAACACUCGACGGAGCCGACGGCCGAAUUGCUGUUGGCCCAGGGGUGGCGUCUCGUGAUGGCUUCGCUAGCAUCGACGAUUCUGACACAAUGCUCUUCACCGAGGAUGGCUUCGUGGCCCCGCGGCGAGCUGGAACUGGCCGUGUAGACGGCUACCUCUUCUGUUACGGUCGGGACUAUCGGGAAGCAGUAAAAGCUCUUUACCAGAUAUCUGGCUCGCAACCCCUCCUUCCACGAUGGACACUUGGAAACUGGUGGAGCCGAUACUACGAAUACACUGCCGAGUCCUAUUUGGAGCUCAUCGACAUGUUCAAGAGUAUUCGUGUUCCACUCGCAGUCGGCGUAAUAGACAUGGACUGGCAUCUAGUCAAAGAUCCCGUCGUUGCUGCCGCCGGCGUGACGGGGUGGACCGGAUACACCUGGAAUAAAAGCCUGUUUCCCAAUCCAAAGGCAUUCAUCAAGGCGCUUCACGACCGGAAACUCAAGACUUCGCUCAAUGAGCAUCCGGCGGAAGGCAUCGCCAACUACGAGGACAUGUAUGCGGCCAUGGCGAAAGCCCUUAAUUUUGACGCGUCCAGCAAAGAAACGAUUCCGUUCGAUUGCACAGACCCUACAUUCCUCAGAGCAUACUUCGACAUUCUAAUCAAGCAUCUGGAAGACGACGGCGUUGACUUCUGGUGGAUCGAUUGGCAGCAGGGACCGUAUUCUCGACUUCCAGGCCUCGAUCCGUUGUGGCUACUGAAUCACUUUCACUUUCUACACAAUAAGCGACUUCAGGCAGAGAGAAAGCCCAGCGAAGGGGAUGGAGGUCGACCCAUUAUAUUUUCGAGAUAUGCCGGCCCCGGAAGCCAGCGAUAUCCCAUCGGAUUUUCAGGCGAUACCAUCGUUUCAUGGGACUCGCUGGCCUUCCAGCCCGAGUUCACAGCAACGGCGAGCAACAUCGGUUACGGCUGGUGGAGUCAUGAUAUUGGUGGCCACAUGCUGGGGAUUAGAGACGACGACCUCACGUCGCGCUGGGUCCAGCUUGGCGUGCUGUCUCCCAUUAUGAGACUACACUCUACAAAGACGCGAUGGGUAUGCAAGGAGCCGUGGAAGCUGCCUGCUGGCUCUGGACAGGGUCCUCGAGAUGUUAUUACCAAGUUCAUGCGCUUGCGGCAUCGGCUGAUUCCUUACUUGCAUACCAUGAACGCUCGUGCUGCAGAAGAGGGCUAUCCAUUGGUUCAACCCAUGUACUGGGAGUAUCCAGAUAGAGAUGAGGCAUACAAAGUGCCCAACCAGUAUUACUUUGGUACAGAAAUGAUUGUUGCACCAAUUACAUCGCCACAGAAUGUGGCUACAAAAACCGGCAAAGUCAAGGCGUGGCUGCCUCCGGGCCGAUAUAUUGACUUCUUCACGGGUGUUGUGUAUGACGGCGACAGGUUCUUAUGGCUGAAUCGGACCCUGGACAACGCACCUGUGUUGUUGAAGCAAGGGGCAAUUGUACCGCUCGAUGCAAACCUGGUGCCCGGAAAUGGGUGCGAUAACCCUGAUGGCCUUGAAGUAGUGGUCGUGAUCGGAGCUGAUGGCAAGUUCGAACUUCUGGAAGAAGAUGAAGACCGCAGUAAUGCCUCGACUGAUAAACCAGUCGCUUGGCGCAGGACGCCCAUUUCAUUCACCCAAUCCACAGGAACAAUUACAAUCCAUCCAUCCGGGGAGGGCAAGGCGCCGAAAGCUCGAGACUGGAGCAUUCGACUGCUGGGAUAUAAAACCGCCCAGUCUCCAGAGGUCCGCAUAGAUCAAGCAGUAGUCAAAACGAGUACGUCGCAAGAAGGCGGCGGGUUGGGUUUGCUGAUUAAAGUCGGCAAGAUUCCUCCCGGCGGGAGCGCCUUCAUCAAGUUUGGGCCCGAGGUGAAACUGGCCAUCAAUGACCCUCUGGCAUUAGCCGACCCGGUUGUGUUUGCUGCUCAAAUUUCAUACAACACCAAGAAGGCCAUCGACAGUAUUUUGAGUCGCAAGGGUGUGAGUGCUGCGGUGCGUGCGUCGGAGGUUGAUGCGACCGACAUGGAUCCCGACCUGAGACUUGUGUUGAAGGAAUUUCUAUUGGCAGAUAGUCGGAUGUGA